AUGCCUCAACAUGCACAGGAAUACUACAGAAAACAACAAAAUUUCAAUGAUAGAUUUCCUCUAUCAAUUGUAGCUAUAUUGGCUGUUAUUCAAAUGUUAACUACAUUUAGUAUAAUAGGUCUUGAAAUUGGACAUAUUCUAUAUAAUGUUCGUUUAACAAACUUAUUUGUUGGAUUUUGGGCAUCAUUACCAUUUACUAUUUUGUGGAUUUCAACGUUUGCUAAUGUAUGUUGCUGUCGCCGAAGAAGUUGUGCAACACAUACUCUUGUAGAAAAUUGUAUUUCAUUUAUUUUUGCGUUCAUUCUAAUUGGCAUCAAUGCUGCGUUUCUUCGACGGCCGAAUUCUUGUUUUUUCACUGAACGAGUAUGUGCAAAUUUAUAUCAAUUGAAUUAUGAUGUUGAAAAUUUCGACUGUGUUCUUGACGAUAACUCAUCUCAUUGCAGAAAUGCUCGUUUAACAUUAAUUAAAGCUCAAUUGGCUUCUGGUGUUAUAAUGGCAGUCACAUGUUUUCUAUAUUUCAUUUUAUAUGGUAUUACUAUUGCCAAAGCAUCAAGAUCUACUCGACACCAAGCACCUACAGCAACAAAUGCUGUUAUGACUCCGGUUUAUCAACAUAGAAUGCAACCAACAAUGCCUUAUCCAUAUCAACAUUUGACAAGUUCUCCUUAUUCGUAUCAACCAUCAGCACCUCUCGGCGUGCCAGGUUAUCAACAAACACCAGCACAAUUUCCGUUAGGCAUCACUAAUAUGAAUUAUUUACCACCACAUCAAGAACCAAAUAUAUAUCCAAAAAUUUCCAAUGAUAGAUUUUAA